AUGAGGAACGAUGCAACACCACCGGCCAGCGGUGUGGUAGCAGUGGACUCUCCUCCCCUGCUCCAUGGUAACAGGAGGAGUGCGUUGGCAGCCGAACAAGAGGACCAUAUUGCCAUUCCGCCCACACAUGAGGGCAGUGGUAAUCACAGUGUUGCUUCGCUGGACGGCGAGCGACUCAACGGGGAAAAAACGUCGCUCGUCGCACGUAGUAGUGGCGUAGGGGACACGUGGCUGCUUCCCCACGGGACAGAUGCAUCGUCACUGUUUAGUUUCCGCCAGAGAUCCCCGUUAUGGCCGUCUCCGCGCUUCCAGGGCGUUGCAACGGAGGUAAUGCAAUUACAACAAGGCUACCAAACCGAGAGACUGCUCCGCUACAUCAUUGAGUUGGAGAGGGACAACGAUUUGCUUCGGCUUGCGCUUCUUGAGGGGUCUGAACGCCGCACACGACAACGUUUUUGCCGCACCAGCAGCAGUGACCCCGUCGCGAUGGUGCAGUCGAAGGAGCAGGUUCUCCAGUCUAUUAUGGAGGUGGAGAAAUCUGUCAAGGCGCAGUUCCAAGUACAUCUAGAUCGACUGGAGAAGCAGAGCCGACAGCAGCAACACGGCACAGGGGAGGUGGAAGCAGGGCUGCAGGGGCGUUCGACGAGCGAGACCUAUGAGGCAACCCUUGCGCAGUCAGAGCGGCGCCGGUGGAAGGAGCACAUACGCCACACUCUGGAAGAGCUCGCACUGCUGCACCGCGAAAAGGAGCUGCAGGCUGUAUCGGCAGUACGUGGGAGUCUUCCACCCGCAGCGCACGACAACAUCAGCAUCCACGUCAACAUGGACGACGACAACGACGGCGAUGCUGAUACCAAUAGACAUAUUGUCGACAGACGUAUCGUUGACCUCGAAAAACAGGUGACACACUGGAAGGAGGAGGCGAAGAAAGAGCGGGCGCGUGCAACGCAGUACCGGCAAGAGGCGCUAAAGGAGCUGCAGCGCAUGCAUGCCAUUUACAAACGUGCCCUCGGAGAGGGAGAUCCAUCUGAUUUGUUGGGUGAUGUGGUGCCAGCAGCAGGAAAGGAAGUAGACACGCCUGCUGAUGGUCUUGCUUCUCCUGGUCGUGCAGGGGUGGGUGAGGAGCUUUACGGGGGCACCAGCGUGGGCAGUGCCGCCGUGAUGACUCCCAACGUGUCCCUUGUAAACUCUCCCUCAUCCUCCCAUGUCGUGGUGGAGGAGAAACACGACGUUCCGAAUGCAUCUCCCACAGAGGAUGCGCUGCGGCACGACGCAGGCACCAGUGGGGCGGCACAGCAACUGUGGGCGCACCGGAAGCGGUCGUACCACUCAGAUGUGUACCUCCGACGAGAGAGCGUGGCAACCAACACCGACGAUGUGCCGGUGACAUUGGGAGCAUAG